GCGCAGUGGCAGAAGGGGGGCCUUAAAGCUCACUCUGUAUGUCCUGAAGAACAUGAACCUGGCGGAUCUCGCUGACACAUUAGAAACCAAACUGACCCCUCCUUGUCAACAAAAGCUCAAAUUAAAACUGAAGGAUAAAUGUCAGAAUAUUAAUGAAGGGAUUUCAACUGAAGGAAACUCAGCACUUCUGAAUGAGAUCUACACAGAGCUAUACAUUACAGAAGGCAUGAGUGGUGAUGUCAACCAGGAGCAUGAGGUGAGACAGAUUGAAACAGCAUCCCGGAAAAUGGCAACAGAGGAGACACCCAUCAAAUGCAGUGAUAUCUUUAAACCUUUAUCAGAGCAGGAGAAGCCCAUCAGAAUAGUACUCACAAAAGGAGUUGCUGGAAUUGGAAAAACUGUCUCUGUACAUAAGUUUAUUUUGGAUUGGGCUGACGGAAAAGCAAAUCAGGAUGUCAUCUUCAUGUUUCCACUUCCUUUCAGAGAACUGAAUAUGCUGAAAAAUAAAAAACUCAGUCUCAUUAGUCUUCUUCAUUGCUUUUUCCCAGAAACACACAAAUUAAAUCCAAAGCACUAUAGACACUACAAAAUCAUGUUCAUAUUUGAUGGUCUGGAUGAGUGUCGGCUACCUCUAGAUUUUCAGAACAAUGAGAGCUUGGGGGAUGUAGAAGAGCCAUCCACAGUUGAUGAGUUGCUGACAAAUCUCAUCAAAGGGAAUCUAUUCCCCUCUUCUCUCAUCUGGAUAACAUCUCGACCAGCAGCAGCCAAUCAGAUCCCUCCUGAAUAUGCUGACAGGCUAACAGAAGUCCGAGGCUUUAGCGACCCACAGAAACAGGAGUACUUCAGGAAGAGAAUUAAUGAUCAGAGCCUGGCUAGCAAAAUUAUCACACAUGUCAGGUUAUCAAGAAGCCUCUACAUCAUGUGCCACAUACCUGUCUUCUGUUGGAUUGCAUCCACUGUUUUAGAGAGAAUGUUGGGUCAAGCGGAGAGCGAGGAGAUCCCCAAAACACUGACCCAAAUGUUCUCACACUUCCUCAUCUUUCAGAUCAAACACAACACCCAGAAGUACAGUGGAAAAAGUGAGAUUGAUCCUCAGCAGACUAAAGAAACUGUUCUUGCGCUAGGAAAAUUGGCUUUCCAACAGCUUGAAAAAGGGAACUUGAUCUUCUAUGAGGAAGACCUGCAAGAGUGUGGUAUUAGUAUCCGAGAAGCAACAGUGUACUCAGGGGUAUGCACCCAAAUCUUCAAAGAAGAAUUUGGUGUGCACCUGGGAAAGGUGUUUAGCUUUGUACAUCUAAGCAUUCAGGAGUUCCUUGCUGCUUUGUAUGCAUUUCUGUGCUUCAUCAGCAAAAACCAUUUGACCACCGAACUCUCUAAGCAAAACACUGAACUUUCUGAGCUUUUCAGCCAGUCAACAAUCACUGGCUUCCUCAACAGUGCAGUUAACAAGGCCUUAGGAAGUGAGAACGGGCACCUGGACCUUUUCCUCCGUUUUCUUCUGGGUCUGUCGCUGGAGUCCAAUCAGACUCUCUUACGAGGCGUACUGGCAAACACAGGCAGCAGCAGUCACAGCAAAAAAGAAACAAUCACAUACAUCAAGGACAAGAUCAAGGAGACUGCAUCUCCAGAGAAAUCCAUCAAUUUGUUUCACUGUUUGAAUGAACUAAAUGAUCAAUCUCUAGUGCAGGAUGUGCAAGAAUACCUUCACAGAGAUGGUAGCCAUCGCCUCCAUGAUGUCAGGCUCUCUCCUGCUCAGUGGUCAGCUCUGGUGUUUGUGUUGCUGAACUCAGUGGAAGAGCUAGAUGUGUUUGAUCUGAGCAAAUAUGACCCAUCAGAGGAAUGUUUUUUGAUGCUUCUGCCAGUAGUAAAAGCAUCUAGAAAAGUUGUACUAGCUGGCUGUAAUCUCACCACAAACUCCUAUGAAAAACUAGCAUCAGUUCUGCAAUCAACAAACACCCCAAUGAAAGAACUGCACAUAAGCAACAAUAACCUGCAUCAUUCAGGGGUGGAACUUCUCUCUGCCGGACUGAGGAGUGCACAUUGUAAACUGGAGACACUCAGACUAACUGGGUGUAGUCUUACUACAAACUCCUGUGAAGAACUAAAGUCAGCUCUACAAACAGCAGGCUCCCCACUGCUAGAACUGGACCUCAGUAACAACAGCCUGCAGGAUUCUGGAGUGGAGUUACUCUCUGCUGGACUGAAGUGUUCACACAGUAAACUAGAGAUACUCAGAUUAACAUGCUGUAAUCUUACUGCCAACUCCUGCGAAAAACUAGCAUCUGCUCUACAAUCUGCAAACCUACCCCUGAAAGAACUUGACCUCAGUAACAACAAUGUUCAGGAUUCAGGAGUGGAGCUGCUCUGUACUGCAUUGAAAAGUCCAAAUUGUAAACUAGAGAUACUGAGACUAAGUCUGUGUAACCUAAGGGACAAGUCUUGUGAAAAUUUGGGGUUAGUUUUACAAAUGGAAACCUCCCCCUUGAAAGAGCUGGAUCUCAGUAACAAUGAUCUGCAGGAUUCAGGAGUGGAGCUGCUUUCCAUUGGACUAAAGAAUUCACACUGUAAACUGAAGAUACUCAGAUUGUCUGGUUGUUUGGUUACCAAGGAAGGUUUUAUCACUCUGGCUUCAGCUUUAAGUGUAAACCCCUCAUACCUAAAAGAACUGGUUCUAUCCUACAAUCAUCCAGGAGAUGCAGGAGUAAAGCUACUCUCUGUUAAACUGGAGGAUUCACAGUACAAACUGGAAACACUUAGGGUGGAGCAUGCAGGACAGAGCAGGAUCAAACCAGCACUAAGAAAAUAUGCCUGUAAGCUCACACUGGACCCAAAUACAGCACAUAGACGUCUUUCUCUGUCUCAGGAGAACAGGAAGGUGACAUGUGUAAGACAUCGGGAGCCAUACCCUGAUCACCCAGAGAGAUUUGAUGAAUAUGAACAGGUGCUAUGUAGACAGAGUCUAAGUGGAUGCUGUUACUGGGAGGCUAAGUGGAGUGUGAGUGCUGUAAUAGCUGUGACAUAUAAAGGAAUCAGCAGGAAAGGCGGCAGUAAUGACCGGGUGUUUGGAAACAAUAAAACGUCUUGGAGUCUGGACUGCUCUAAUGUCAGUUACUCUGCCAGGCACAAUAUGAAGGGAACUGUCAUACCUGCCCCUUCCUCCAGCUCUAACAGAGUAGGAGUGUAUCUGGACUGGAUGGCCGGCACUCUGUCCUUCUACAGCGUCUCCACUGACACACACACUUUGACUCACUUACACACAUUCCACUCUACAUUCACUGAACCCCUCUAUGCAGGGUUUAGAGUGUGGGAUUCUGACUCAUCUAUAUGUAUUUGUGAAAUAUAA